GCGCAGUAGGCCCGCAUGGCGCGGCUGAAUGGACUUGCCUCCAGGGCUGUGGCGUCAGUGCGACUGCGCGCGAACCGGGUGCCGCGCUACUUAAGUUCGCUGCACACAGUGUCAGAGGUAGCCAUGAGGAGGGGAGAUCCCGAGCAGCCCGCUAAGCGGCCUCGCUGCGAUAGCAGCCCAAGAACGCCACAGAGAACCCCUCCUGCAGCGUCAGUUGCGUCUCCCGGCUCCGACCUCCACACCGACCUCCGGACCUGGGAAGUGGAGGACGUGUGCUCCUACUUAGAGGGAUGCGGCUUCAAAGAGAAGAAAGUGCUGGACAGCUUCAAAGAAAAUAAAAUCACGGGUUCAUUUCUGCCCUUUCUUGAUGAGUCUCAUCUUGAAAAACUUGGAGUAAGUGCCUUGGAGGAGAGGAAGAAGAUGAUUGCAUGUAUCCAAGAAUUGAGUCAAUCUCACAUAGAGCUAAUGAAGGUAUUUAAUGAUCCUAUUCAUGGCCAUAUUGAGUUCCACCCUCUCCUUAUCCGAAUCAUUGACACACCUCAGUUUCAGCGGCUUCGAUACAUCAAACAGCUGGGAGGCGGCUACUAUGUUUUCCCAGGAGCUUCACACAAUCGCUUUGAACACAGUCUGGGGGUUGGGUACCUAGCAGGCUACCUCGUUCGAGCACUCGCAGAAAAACAGCCAGAGCUGCAGAUCAGUGAGCGAGAUAUGCUCUGUGUUCAGAUUGCCGGACUGUGCCAUGACCUUGGUCAUGGGCCAUUUUCUCAUAUGUUUGAUGGAAGGUUUAUCCCACUUGCUUGCCCAAAUGAAAAGUGGAAGCAUGAACAGGGAUCAGUUAAGAUGUUUGAGCAUCUGGUUAAUUCUAAUAAACUCAAACCUAUCAUGAAAAACUAUGGGCUCAACCCUGACGAAGAUAUUCCCUUUAUUGAAGAACAAAUUACAGGACUACCUAAAGCUAAAACUCAAAAAAAGGACUGCUGGUGGCCAUAUACAGGACGACCUGCUGAGAAGAGCUUCCUUUAUGAGAUAGUGGCUAACAAAAGAAAUGGCAUUGAUGUGGACAAAUGGGAUUAUUUUGCCAGGGACUGUCACCAUCUUGGGAUCCAAAACAAUUUUGAUUACAAGCGCUUUGUUACGUUUGUCCGUGUCUGUGAAGUAAAAGACCCAAUCCAUGGCCAUAAGAUGAAGCACAUUUGUACUAGAGAAAAGGAGGCUUUGAAUCUGUAUGACAUGUUCUACACACGCAACUGCUUACACCGCAGAGCUUAUCAACAUAAAAUCAGCAACCUCAUCGAUAUAAUGAUCACAGAGGCCUUCCUUAAAGCAAACCCCUACAUUGAGAUUACGGGGACCAACGGGAAGAAGUGCAAUAUUUCUGAAGCCAUUGAUGACAUGGAAGCCUUCACCAAGCUGACAGAUAACAUUUUCCUGGAGAUUUUACACUCUACUGAUCCGAGGUUGUCUGAGGCACGGACUAUUUUAAGGAACAUCGAGUGCCGUAAUCUAUACAAGUAUUUGGGUGAGACCCAGCCAAAUGGUCAAAACAAGAUUAGAGAGGAAGAAUAUGAUCAACUUCCCCAAGACAUUGUUGACACCAAACCUGACGUGCCCCUGGAAGCCCAACUGAAGGCUGAAGAUUUCCUAGUGGAUGUUAUCAACAUGGAUUAUGGGAUGAAAGACAAGAAUCCAAUUGACCAUGUUCACUUCUAUUGUAAAAAUAACACGAAGCUUGCAGUCAUGAUCUCUAAAGAUCAGGUGUCAAAGCUUCUGCCACAGGAAUUCACAGAGCAGCUCAUUCGAGUGUACUGUAAGAAGAAAGACAAGAAGAGCCUGCAUGCUGCUAGGCAACAUUUCACUCAAUGGUGUGCAGACAGAAACUUCACCAAGCCGCAGCUAUAUGGGGCUGGAGAGAUGGCUCAGCAGUUAACAGCACUGGCUACUCUUUCAGAAGACCUGGGCUCAAUUCCCAGCACCCACACGGCGGAUCACAGCCAGCUGUAACUCCAGUUCCAGAGGAUCUGAUGCCCUCUUCUGGAUGGUGACAUCAUAGCUCCACUCAUAACACCUCUGAAAUGGCAGAAAGAUGUUCCAAGUAACCACCAAGAAGCAUCCAAAGCCAAAGCACACCUAAAGUUUUAAGUGAAUGCCUGCAUUUGAUUCUUUAUGAAAACCUUUUCACUCUUAAGUUAGGAAAUAUAAUCAGAGUCCACUAGUGGUUUUUAUUUAGUAUUUUGAAUGUACACACAUGAUAAAGGGUAAGUCAUUUUUAUUCAAAAUGGAAAAUGGUAAUAGUAGCAAAAGUUUGCUAUGCUUACUUACUGUGGAGUUUGAAUGAGAAUGGCCCUGUAUGCUCAUGUAUUUGAAUGCUCAGUCACUAGGGAGUGGCAUUGUCUGAGAGGAUUACAAGGAUCAGGAGGUGUGACCUUAUUGGAGGAAGUGUGUCACUGGGGGUGGCCUUUGAGGUCCCAAGGGUCCCUUUGAGGACCCUUGCCAGGUCCAGUCUCUCUUUCUCCGUUUGUGGGUCAGGAUGUAGCUCUCAGCUACUGCUCCAACACCAUGCUCCCCACUGCAAUGAUAGUGGACUAAGCCUCUAAAGCUGUAAGCAAGCCCCCAAUUAACUGCUUUCUUUUAUAAGCAUUGCCGUGGUCAUGGCAUCUCUUGACCACAAUAGAACAUUGACUAAGACACAUGCUAUGAAAAGUAUGAGCUUGUGCAUUUUUAACAUUAAUUGAAGCCUUUCUCCUUUAGCAAUCUAUUUUUUCCAGGGUAACUCCCAUUUCUUCUAAAUGCUUAGGACAAAUCAUUGUCUUUUGUUUUUAAUUUAGAACUUGAGACAAGAGCACAAAUUGGAAUUCAAAGUUGAUAUUGUCAUAUACCACAUGGUUAAAAAAUAAAAGUCCUAGCCCCCCUGAAGAGAUGCCCCUUACCCUGCCUCUCCCAGGAGAGAAAGCCACCAACCCCCUCCAUCCCUGUUAGUGCCAGGCUGGGGAAACAUCAAGGGGCAGCUCCUUGCUGGGAGGAGUUGAGGUGUGCCAAGGCAAGUCUACCACUGUCCCGCAGCUCCACCCCUGUCUCCUAGUUUAACCCUUCUGCCCCUGCUGUAGGAGGUGCUAGGGUCAGUGGGUCACACCAGGCUGCUCUCUGAAUCAGCUGUAGCUUCAGACAAGCUCGGCUUCUUUGCACCUGAAACCCAUUCCAGUCCCAAGGGACACACCACUGCCAGCCUGGGGACAGAUCUUCCUCCACCUUUUUGGAGUUGGACUGGUCAGAGAACACCGAAGACCCCGUCCUGACUGCUCCCGCCUGGGAUUUCACCACCACUACUUCAUUGUGUGUACAGGUUUCAGAAUAUUCUGGACUGCAUUUGUGAGCCUAGCGGCCAUCCGGUGGGCCCCAGGUUCCCCCAUGUAGCCUGCUGUUCUUGCAGAACAGCACCAUCAUGGUUGAGCAGUCACCCAUGCUGCUCCCCUCACCCACACUGUGCACAGCUUCACCAAGAACCAAGCCUAGUUGGAGCCAAAGGGGGUAGUAACCAGAAGUGCUGGAGACGUGGGCUGUGGGGACAGAGGCAGCAGCUGCAGGUGACAUCUUAGUGAUGAUGCUCCCCUAAGUGAGGUGGCAGUCAUGUCAGGGCUCAGCUUGAAUAUACUGAGGUUGCCUGUAACACCUCUCUAUGUUCUACUUUGUCCACGAGUGAGUAAAAGAGUGCUUGGUGUGUCUGCCUCCAUGGGCUCAUAAAUGCACAAGGGAGGUGCUAGCUUGCCCCUGUAAGCCACGUGCCUCUAUAACAUUCAGGGAAAUGGCCAGAGGUUGCACCUUUAUAUGCCCAACCUCAAUGUUAAGAAUUGUCUAUUUUUCUGCUACUAUUGCUUUAUUUUUGCCAGUCUUGUUUUUUUAAGUUUUUGUGGUUUACUCUGGAACUUUGUAGUCCUAAUUUUGUGCUGUGGUAUCUGGGGAAACAACUCUGAUCCCUUUUAUGCACAAGACAGCUGCAUUUUAUGCCUUUGAAGCGUUUUCUCAUUGUGAGUACCUGUAUUGUUUACAAGACUGAAUAAAAAUGGAGAUUUUU